UGCGGACGUUGCCUCAGCGGGCGGGGCACUUCCUGGUUACCGUAACCUGCAUGUUGUUGUUAGCUGGUUAGCAGAGACUGUUGGAUUUAUAGUGAUUGAUUUAUCUCGAGGUAUGGUCAGUUUACUUCUGCGGAGAAACUGGAUCGGUCCUGUUCGCUUAGUUCUCACCGUCCUCGGAUUCCCGUGCACCGUCUGCCCCACCGGAUUCAGACCCGCUGCCGUCUCCUGCUCAUCUUCCCAUCCUUUCACAUCCAGUAAAUCCGUCCAACCCAUAAGUACCAGCUGCUGCGGCCUCUAUAGCACCAGCGUUGGGACGAUGCCGCCCUCGGCGGAGCCUCACGUGAAGGCCAGAUGCGCCCAGUAUCCGGGAUCCAAAGUCCAGCGCUUCCCUGUUCCCGACGGGAAAGUGGAGUGGGCCGUGAAGUGGCCGGAGUACAAACCGGUCAGCUACACCAGCCCUGCAGUGUUAAAGAAGCCGGCGUGGGCGGAUCCAGAUGUUGGCUCUUUCUCCCCGCGGUUCAACGAGGUGGACGGAGCCGUGGACAGGACGAGCUUCGAAGGCGUCUACCGGGUGGAAAACGGGAAGCCGCUGAAUCCUCACGGACGCACGGGGCUGGAAGGUCGAGGUUUGCUCGGACGCUGGGGACCAAACCACGCGGCAGAUCCCAUCGUCACCAGGUGGAAAGUUGACGCGAAAGGAGCGAAGUUAAAUCACUCUGUGUCCAAGCAGCCGAUUCUGCAGUUUGUGUCCAUCAAGAGGAAGGACUGUGGGGAGUGGGCCGUCCCAGGGGGCAUGGUCGACCCGGGGGAGCAGGUUUCCGUCACGCUGCAGCGCGAGUUCUCUGAAGAAGCCUUGAACUCGCUCUCAGUCUCAUCAUCGGAGAAGUUAAAGAUUCACGAGCGCAUCAACAAACUCUUUAAGUCGCAGGGAUUUCAGGUCUUUAAAGGCUACGUUGAUGAUCCCAGAAACACCGACAACGCUUGGAUGGAGACGGUCGCUGUCAACUUUCACGACGACUCAGGCGACAGUGUGAGCGAGCUGCCGCUUCAGGCCGGGGACGACGCGGGACAAGUCCAGUGGAUGGACGUGGACUCGUCCGUCCCCUUCUACGCGAGCCACUCCCGCUUCCUGCAGCUGGUCGCCAAGGAGAGGAAGGCCCACUGGUAACCGGGGGCAACGGGGCGCCCGGAUACAACAAUGGAGGAGACGCAGAGAGCCUUAUUUCUAGUCCAUGUAGGAAGCAUGACGUCCGGCGAGUCUUCCCCCUGUAAUAACCUCAGUUAUUAGAAUGAAAAGCAAAGAUGCAUGAGUGGAACUGGCAGGUUUAAAUGAAACUCUUCUACUUAUAAGAUGCUGAAUUAGCACAUUAUUAAUGCACGAUCAACGAGCUGCUGAACACAACGCUUUAAUUUCAGUGUCAAACGGGAAGAAAUCGGAACAAAACCUGUGCUGUUACGCACUAAAAUUAUAUCUGUGACAUAAAGACGAGAAUCAAAAGAGUGGGGACAGAAAACUAAUAACACAGGAACACGACUGUGGAGGAGUGUGGGACAAAUAAACCACAAAUAAACACACAAUAAACACACAAUAAACCUGGAGCUAAUCUGAACUGGAAAUAUCUGACUCUCUGAUCUACAAAAACAUAUGUUACCCAUAAAUAAAUCCUAAAAUAAAUAAAUCCUAAAAUAAAUAAAUCCCAGAAUAAAUCCUAAAAUAAAUAAAUCCUAAAAUAAAUAAAUCCCCCAAUAAAUCCUAAAAAAAAAAA